UUAAACAGAUAAUGUUUGAUUUUCUUUGAUAUAUUUUAUAAGCUAUUGAAAAAUACAUGCCAUUUAAAAAAAUUACAAUAUUUUGAAUCAUGAAUUUGCAACUUUAUUCACGUAAAUUGUUAAUCAUGUUUCUUCUUGUAAAAUUUCAUUUUUUUCCCUCAUAAUUGGACGACUUUAAUUUUGUAUAUUUGUGUAUUUUAAUGGUGGCCCCAUUACUCAGUCAUACAAUAGAUCUGAGUAGUAAUAAUGAAAUAGAACAUUUUACCACAACAAAAUAAUUAGUUUAAGAUUACAAUUUCCAAAAACAGUUGAUUAAAGCAGAACAUACCAAAAUUAACAAUAAAAAUAUUUUAUUAUUAUUCAGAUUAGAUCAUAAAUGGUUUAUCUCAAGCAAUCAAUAAGAAAAAAAAAUCAUGUGCAAUACAAUCAAUCAUCAGAAGUUUUCAUCCAUAAAGAGAUGUCAAACACAGGAUAACUAGACACUAAGAGAUUGUCUGAAAGGGAAUGGGAAGAAGCUAACUUAUAUAAUCCCGCCCCGGCUUGACCAUACCAUUUCCUUUACAUGUAUUAUCAUUAUCCGUUCGUAACUUAAGAUCAGAUAUUUACAUCUUUCUAACAUAGAUUCAGAUUAUUAGGAAUCCUCAAAUAACAAUAAAUCACGACUAUGUGAGUAGAUAUACUGGAAACUGAAAAAAAAUAAAUAAAUAAAAAUAAUUUUAAUUGAAUAGAGAUGGGCUUUUAUUUGCUGGCUAAACGAGGAUCUGAUGAGAAAAUAAAACCUGUAUUUUGUUCUUCAUGCUUGUAGCUUCAGUGCUUUUGUAGACUUUGGUAUUUCUCUUAGAAUUUAAAAGACAUCAGCUCUAAAUUUUCUUUAAACAGACUAAUGGAGGCAAAGACAGAGAAGGAAAACGAGUUGUUCAUGAUCUAUGGACCUCAUGAAUUAUUUAGCCCAAAAGUGUUUAGCAGAAAGAGAAAAAAACAAAAACAUCUGGGGUGGGGGGCUUCUUUCCGUGCUAAUGUCUUUCCUGUUUGGGCUGUCCAUGUCAGUGGAUGAUCUGCUAACACCUGCAGUUUUGUGCAGUGGCGUAGUAAAUCUGAUGCACACAGCAGAUUAUAUAACACUACUCCUCUCUGGCAGCUUCGGCUCCCCGGCUUCAAACAGCCACCCCAUCCAUCUAUCUCUCCCCCCUCCGGAUGAGCAGCGAGGCUCUGAAUCGGACUCGUUUCUCAUCGACCCGGACAAACUGCACCCCUUUUCCCUCCCUUUCCUCCUGCUCGCUCCUCCCACUCUUCAUCCCUCCUUCACUUUCUAAACCCCCUUGCUCCUUCUUGUCCUCCUCUCCUCUUGCCUGUGGAUGCUCUCCUCACUUGCGAUAUGGAAUCGGAAGGGGAAGGAGGAGAGGGCUGGAUGGAGGACCAGUGGGAAAAAUGGCUAACUCAUGACAUCAGCCUGGAUGAGUUUGAGGAUGACGACCUGUCAGAGAUCACAGAGAUUACUGACGAAUGUGGGAUUAGUCUCAACUGCAACCGUCCAGAUCCAAAGGGCCGUGUGAGGGGGGGCACCAAUAGCAUGUCGGGGAGGGCGGAGCUGGGAGCAGUUGGCCAGCUUCAGGCAGAGAUGCUGCAUUUGGAGCUCAUCGACGGAGCUGACAGUUACUGCGUUGAUAAGGAGCCUUUAAAGGCAUCUGCUCUCCCACCACCUGUCAUCAAGGAUCCUGCAGCACCUGUUACCAUGGAUACGUACAGACCCAAGAGACCCACAACCCUCAACCUCUUCCCCAUCGUUCCACGGACACAGGACACUUUGAACAAUAACUCCUUUGGGAAAAAGUACAGCUGGCAGGAGAAGGUUUCCCGCUCGUCAUCGCCUCCCAAAACAGGUGACCUCACUCCCCCACGAGAGCACAGCUGCCUGAGCGACGAGGACAAGGUUCAGGCCGCACAAACCAAAGACCGCGGGACUUCCACGGAUGCCCCCUGCAGACACAGCAGCACAGCAGCGCACAGCACAUGUGGGGGGGCUGCCACUCGUUCAAAGCUGCAGGAGAAGCCGCCUGCACCUCCACCACCCCUGAACUACACACCAGCUCCUCUAUACCCCUCCGGUAAGGGGGAUGGCAGUGGACACCAACGGGAGAGAAUUCGAUACCAGACAGACGUUUGUUUAGAGCCCACGGAGGAGAUUUACCUGACCCCUGUGCAGCGCUCCACUGAACUUCUGGAACCCCCCAAUGUGCCGGACAGGCCCUUCCUCUCCCAGCAGACUGAGCAAGGACGAAUGUCCAUAAGUUCGGAUACAGAGGGGCCGCCUCCUUAUCAACCCCUUCCAGACCGGACCAACCCCUCCAUUUUUGAGGAGGACGAGUUCUAUCUUCCUCCACCUUCGUAUGCUUCCUGUGUUGAGUCUCUCAUCACACCCCCGAACAUGGCGGAGUCAGAUCACUCCUCUCUUGCACUGGACCUGAGCUCAAAGGGUGCGGGGACUGCAGCCGGGGUCAUGCUGAGAGCCGGCUCCUCCGUGGAGUACGUGGACGCCACGGAUGAUAGCUACUGCGGAGAGGACGAGGACGUGGACAGCAUAGUACUGGACAGACACAUGAGGGAACGCAAGUGGGGAGGGAAAGGAGACGGGGGCGGUAGCAAAUCUGUCCCGUUCAGGACUUCCAUGAACACAGAAGCAAACGGCCUGUCGUAUGACACGGUCAAGUACACUCUGGUGGUUGAUGAGCACGCUCAGUUGGAGCUCGUCAGCCUGCGACAGUUCUACCAAGGCUACAGCGACGAUAGUGACUCCGCCACGGUCUACGACAACUGCGUGUCUUCCCCUUACGAGUCGGCGAUUGGCGAAGAGUAUGAGGAAGUUGACGAGGAAGAGGAGCAUGAUGUUCAGACUGGAGUGGUGCGGAGAGAAGCCACAGCUUGUCUCUCUGAAGACUCCACACCUGAGGCAGACCUGCACUUCUCCAAGAAGUUCCUGAACGUCUUCAUGAAUGGUCGCUCCAGCUCCUCCAGUGCGGAGUCCUUCGGCUUGUAUACCUGUGUCAUAAACGGAGAGGAGAAGAAUCAGACCCACAGAGCGGUGUACAGGUUUGUACCUCGGCACGACGAUGAGCUGGAGCUGGAGGUGGAUGACCCGCUGCUGGUGGAGGUUCAGGGAGAGGAUUACUGGUAUGAGGGCUACAAUAUGCGAACUGGUGCACAUGGGAUUUUUCCAGCUUACUAUGCUAUGGAAGUGACCAAGGACAUGGAGAGCUACAAAGUGGUAAAGAGCGAUGAAUGGAUGGAGAGAUAUCACCUGAAGUUCCUGGGAUCAGUUCAAGUGCCCUACCACAAAGGAAACGAUGUCCUGUGUGCCGCUAUGCAGAAGAUCGCCACCAACAGAAGGAUGACUGUGAAAUACAACCCCCCUUCAUCCUGCAUCCUGGAGAUCAGUGUGAAAGGCAUCAAGCUUGCAGUUCAAGAGGAUUACUAUGCCUCUGACAGAAGUAACGAGGGCAGUCACUUUUUCCAGCUGAAGAACGUCUCUUUUUGUGGCUAUCAUCCAAAAAACAGCAAAUAUUUUGGUUUCAUCACUAAGCACCCAGCAGACCAGCGAUUUGCCUGCCAUGUUUUUGUUUCUGAAAACUCCACCAAACCUCUGGCGGAUUCAGUAGGGAAAGCCUUUCAGUUGUACUACAAGGAAUUUGUGGAAUUCUCAUGCCCCACGGAGGACAUUUACCUGGAAUAACUGCAAGGGUGUACAGCGCUGUAUCAUAGCAGAACUUUGCAUGAAGGACAGACAACCUGAAGAACCACAAGAUAGCUCUCAUAUCCAUUCUAGUGGAGAAGAAGACAGAAAGAAGAAAUAACCGUCUGUACAGCAACAAGGGUUGAACGUGAGCCAAAGAUGGAGUAUGUUCUGAGAAAAAUAUGUACCAUUGUGUUGCCAACA